GGAAAAAACAUUUUGAGAUGGGAAUGCCAGCCCACAUAUGAAACUUCUGAUUCAAGCAAACUGUUCCCCUCCCUCCUGAUUUCUGACAAGAUGGAGGCAGAAGAUUUGAACUCUCAUGGAACUGCUGCUCUCGUUACUGAACCACAGUUUACUCAGCUAUUCAGGAAAUAUUUAGAAAGAGAGGGAGUCAUAGAUAGCCGUUUCCGUGUGCAGAAGCUUCCGGAUGGCGCCGUGGCACUGCCUGUGCUAGGCCAAAGCCUCCAGGAGCAUCACCUGCAGCACUUGAAGGAGAGUAUCCCACCUGGGAGGACCUGUGCUUUGAUUUGGAUCCAGAAUCCCAUUCUCUCAAAAUCAGCUCAGGUCCGCUCACCCACCCAGAAACUGCGUGAAGAGCUGGAGUCUCUGGUAUUGCGCUGUGGAGCUGCGUGGUCUGAAGAACUGGAAAAAGAUCUGCCGAAAUCCUGGCAGCGGCACGGGGACCUGGUUCUGCUGAGCAAGGACUGCUUCAGAGCGACACUUUGGGGAGAGAUGGGACAAGAGCUCUGGGAGACGGUUGCUGGUGCUGUGGGUGCCAAACGUUUAGCAAGACGCGGCUGCGUUCAGUCAGAUUCCUUUCGAUCCCCGACAGUCACCUUGUUGUUGGGGGAAGAUGGCUGGGUUGAACAUGUCGACAACGGAAUCCGGUAUAGGUUCGAUGUGACGCUGUGCAUGUUGUCUCCUGGAAACAUCACCGAGAAGCUGCGGAUAGCAUCUCUGCAUUGUGCUGGGGAAGUAGUAGUGGAUCUGUAUGCUGGGAUUGGCUAUUUCACCCUGCCUUAUUUGGUUCAUGCUGGCGCUGCUUUCGUUCAUGCUUGCGAGUGGAACCCCCAUGCUGUGGAAGCCCUGCAGCAGAACCUCCAGCUGAAUGGGGUUCAGCAUCGGUGCCGCAUUCACCAGGGAGACAACAGGAAGCUGGAACUGCGAGAUGUAGCCAACAGAGUGAAUCUGGGACUCAUCCCAAUGUCAGAAGAAGGCUGGCCGGUUGCCUGCAAGGUCUUGCGAAAGGACAUUGGAGGGAUCCUUCACAUCCACCAGAACGUAGAAUCCUUUCCUGGGAAGGCCCUUCAGCCAGGACAGGAUCACCAGCUUCCGGCGACCGAGAAGCACGAGGACAAAGGAAUCCAUGGGGGGAAGGAUGUGGUAUCAGGAACUGGUAGGAGGGCCCUGUGCCCCACAGCCCAGACUGCGUGGCAGAAGUGGGCAGAAGCUACGGGGACCCAGAUCAGGACGUUGCUUCAGAAGCUGAAUGGGAAGCCGUGGAGGACAAACAUCCUGCACAUAGAGCUUGUGAAAUCCUAUGCUCCCCAUGUGCACCAUAUCGUGUUAGAUCUGGACUGUCGCCCUCUCUCAUAACACCCAGGAACUGGUUCUUCUGCAUGGGGCAGCCCCAGAAUGUCCUCUUCUCUUCAUGGUAAUGGACAAAGUCUCAGUGGAAAUGAAGCUGUGCCCAAGCAGGACUUUGUGCCAAGCUCAAAGUCAGUAAAAAGCUGAUAUGGUUUGGCUCUGAUCUGGAUGACUUAG